GGGAAAAGGACAAACUGAACGUCCACGUCAUGCCAGAUUCUCCUGAGAUCGUCCUGGCCAAAGCCAACGCCCUCAACAUGAGCAACAAACUGUACAAAGCCGGUCUCGUGGAGAUGGCCAAAAAAGGCCACAACCUCAAAGCAGACGCCAUCCCAAUCAUUGCUGCCAAGAGUGGUACCACUAUCGCCAGCAAUUACAAAUACAAGCUGGCGUACGAGAAGGCCAGAGGUCACCACGUCGGCUUCCGCAGCCUGCAGGACGACCCUCUGCUGGUUCACUACAUGGAGGUGGCGAAGAUUCAGAGCGACAAGAACUACAAGAAGGACUAUCACAAGUCCAAGCUGAAGUACCACUCCCCCGUGGACAUGCUGAGUGUGGUCCACGCCAAGCAGGCCUCUGCUGCUCAGACGAUGGCUGGAUACAAGCAGCACAACCCCCACUACACCGUGCUGCCUGACGCCAUGAACCUGGUGCUUGCUCGUAACAUGCAGUUCAUCGCCAGUGAUAACCAGUACAAGAGUGAGUACGACAGCUUCAUGAAGGGAAUCGGCUGGGUCCCAAUCGGAUCGUUGGAUGUUGAGAAAGCAAAAACAGCCGGCAGGAUCCUCAGUGAGCCCCAGUACCGCCAACAUCCCAGCAAUUUCAAAUUCACUAAGGACAUGCACUCCAUGGAUCUGACUCUGGCCACUGCCAACAACCAGAUUAUGAAUAAGCAAUCCUACAUCACUGCCUGGGAGAAAGACAAGACGUCGAUCCACAUCAUGCCUGAUGCCAUGGACAUCGUUCUUGCCAGAGCAAACAAGAAGAACGUCAGUGAGAAACUCUACAAACUGGACAACGAGCUGUCCAAGAAGAAGGGCCAUAACCUUCGUGCUGAUGCCAUCUCAGUCCAGGCUGCCAAAGCCUCCACUGCCAUCGCCAGUGAUUACAAGUACAAGACAGGAUACCGUAAGCAGGUGGGCCACCACAUCGGUGCUCGCUGCCUCCAGGACGACCCUCUGCUCAUGCUGGCUCUG